CGUCGCUUCAUCUUCCAGGCUUCACCGUGUGAGCAGGGACAGAACUGCAGCUAUGCCCCAUCCCGCUUUCCCCAUCUAUCCGUCUUUGGUUUGCACAGGAGCAGGAGUCUCAGCAAGAUUAUCCAGUUGGCCUCAGCAUGCACACUUUACUGAUUACCUCAUGCAGAAACAAAGCUAACAAAUCAUACUGUUUGCCGCACUGAAGCCUCCUAAAUUCCGUUUUAUUUUUUUGUUGAUAUUGGUGGUACUGUGAGGACAGUUGGCAAGAUGAAUUUUUCAACAGAUUACAAUAAUCAGUCAACUAAUGGAUCCUACUUCCAAAAUAUGAUGCCACCUGAAGACUGUAGUUUGCCAUUGGCAAUAACUUUUACAUUAUGUCUGGCCUAUGGACUUGUUAUCAUUCUUGGACUCUCUGGGAAUUUGGCUCUUAUAAUCAUUAUAUUGAAGCAAAAAGAGAUGCGCAACGUCACCAAUAUUCUAAUUGUAAAUCUCUCAUUUUCUGAUCUUUUGGCAACAAUAAUGUGUCUCCCGUUUACUCUGGUUUACACCCUGAUGGAUCACUGGAUUUUUGGAGAAGUAAUGUGUAAGCUGAAUGAAUAUACUCAGUGUGUUUCAGUCACAGUUUCUAUAUUCUCCUUGGUUCUCAUUGCUAUUGAACGUCAUCAACUCAUCAUUAAUCCUCGUGGAUGGAGACCAAAUAACAGACAUGCAUGUAUUGGAAUCACAGCAAUAUGGAUUGUAGCCAUGGCUGGCUCUUUGCCUUUUAUGAUAUACAAUACUCUAACAGAUGAACCAUUUCGGAAUAUAAGCAUUGAUUCAUACAUUGGAAAAUAUGUGUGCAUGCAAGAGUUCCCAAAGGAGAAAUUCAGACUUUCAUAUACAACUUUGCUAUUUGUUGUGCAAUACCUUGGACCACUCUUCUUUAUAUUUAUCUGCUAUACAAAGAUAUUUCUCAGACUAAAAAGACGGAAUAACAUGAUGGAUAAGAUGAGAGACAAUAAGUAUAGAUCCAGUGAAACAAAGAGAAUCAACAUCAUGCUCUUUUCCAUUGUGGUUGGAUUUGCUCUAUGUUGGCUGCCAUUUUUUAUCUUCAACUUGGUGUUUGAUUGGAACCAUGAAGCAAUUGCAACCUGCAGCCAUAACUUGUUAUUUUUGAUUUGCCAUCUAACAGCAAUGAUCUCUACUUGUGUUAAUCCCAUCUUCUAUGGUUUUCUCAACAAAAACUUUCAGAGGGACCUACAGUUCUUCUUUAAUUUCUGUGAUUUUAGAUCUCGAGAAGAUGAUUAUGAGACUAUAGCUAUGUCUACCAUGCAAACUGAUAUUUCUAAAACAUCUCUUAAACAAGCAAGCCCAAUAGCAUAAAAUGGAUGAUGAAAUGCCAGCAUUCUGGCAGUGUGUUGAAAAUAUGUUCCCUUUGUUCCUCUAAUAAGCACAAAUCCAUUACAUAAGUCACUUCACAAACAUUUGUGUUUUUGGUACUUGUUAACAGUAGCUUUGUAUUUGGACUUUGGGAGUUUUUUUUUUUUUUUUUCAUUGUUAUGUCUGUAUCUCCCACACAAUUAUGUGAUUUUGUAUAAAGACACAAUGCCAUAUAUUUAUAUAAUAGCAUUCUGCAGCUAUGUGCUUUUACUUUGUUCUUGUGGGUUAGAGCGGUUUUUGGCACUAAGAACAACAAAAAUAACACUGAUCACCCAAAACUGUGAAUGUUACAAUAUUUUAUACUUUACACUUAAGAUUGUACUAAUAAUUAUAGUCAGUUGAUAUCAGAUGUGAUAUUUAUUAUAAUUGUUACUUUUUCAUAGAAUUGUACAGAAAACACACAUGUAUAUUUUACAAUGUGUGUGAAGGCACUGCUUUAUAAGUAUAUGCUUAUUUUUUUCUUUUCAUAUACACUGUAUCUGUAGUUGUACCAGGGAAGACAAUAUUUUAAGGAAGUGUGCCUUAAAGUUUAUACAGUGAGAAAAAUAUUACUGUAGAUGUGCUUUUCUUCUAUAAAGAAUAUAUUGUAUUUCUUGUUUAUUUCCCAUUAUUGUUGUUGGUAAUAGUUUUCAUGGCUGUUAAAUGUAGAUAAU